AUGUCCACCGUACCUACCCCAGAACAGCUGAUGGCCUUGCCGCCAGAGUAUCUGGCGCAGGAUAACGGUGCAAAGCUUAAUAACACCGGUAUUGCUUUCAUCGUCCUCCUUUCUGUUGUAUACGCCCUUUUUAUCAUUUCUCAGAUGUUCUUUGUAGAGCGCACUGGCUGGACCAUGUGGACAUUGUAUCCGUUGGGGUACCUUUUCUCGUUGUCACUCGCAAUCAUCUGCAUCUUCUAUAUCAAAAUCGGAGGCGGCGGUCGACAUAUAGCUUAUUGGUUGAUCCACGAUCCGAGCGUCAUUGGGACUUUUUUGAAGCUUGAAACAGCCAGCGAGUUCUUGUACAUGGCCGGCAUCACAUUUCCCAAGAUUGCGAUCCUAGUUCUCUACCUCAGGAUCUUCAUGGACCACAGAGUCCGCAUCGCUACCUGGGUUGUCUUGGGAAUAGUCAUCGGCCACUUUGUCUUCACUGGUAUCAUCGCCACUUUCACCAUCUGCCAACCAUUUGCUUUUAAAUGGGACAAGAGCAUCCCCGGCGGUCAUUGCGCGAACUUAAUGGCUGCCUACAAAUACAUCAGUAUUCCCAACAUUGUCACCGACUUGGCUAUUCUCGCCCUGCCUUACUCGACCUUACGGCAGCUGCACACAGACAAGAUCCAAAAAUAUGGCAUCUUUGUCACAUUCAUGGCGGGAGGUCUAGGCAUAGUGACUUCCAUUAUCCGUUUCGUCGGAUUUUACACCACUGACCUAAUGUCGGAUCUCACAUACCUGGGAAUCGACACCAUGGUCUACACCCUUAUCGAACCCAGUGCAUAUUUCAUCUGCUCUUGUCUCCUAGGGAUUCGACCCCUGAUUGUCACCUUGUUCAAGAAGUCGAGGCUCAGCACUGCCAUCAGCAACCGUUACGCUUCUUUCGGCGUUUCAUCAUCAAAACGGCGCUAUGAACUCUCUGAUUUCAGCAACAGGCGUAAUGGCCACUUUGUCUCGGCAUCAGCAUCGAAGAGACGGAGCAUGCGGAGUGAUGAUGAUGAUGCUGGCUUUAUUCGUCUGCAGGAGACGAUCCACGUGGACAGUAUGUCGAUUCACAGCACCUCUAAAGGAGGCGCGGUCCGAGCGUGA